UAUGAAAUUCACUUAAACCUUUUGUAUAUAAAUGUGAGCGUUAGAAAAAUCGCGUGUGCGUUGCUUUGCUUCUACCUAAGUUGCGGUUGCCAUGGAUACUAUCGAGGGUUGCCGUGGAUGCACAACACUUGUUUGUGAAUUCGACUGUUACUUGCAUUGUCAUCUCAUUCUCCUGUUGAUCAUCGUGUGCACCGCAUUCAAAUACUUUGUAAUGGGGUCGUACGAUUUGCAAGUUGAAUCUUUGCGAAAAGUGAAUUUCGUAUUAGCUGAUAAACCAAACUAUGCUAGUAACUUGAUGUUGCGUUUUCCUUUCCAUCAACUUGCCGAAGUGUUGCCGUUGAACGUUGAGGUUAUCAGCCAACUCUGCGCUCUAUUUACGGAAUUUGUAAAACACGACGAAGUUCAAGAGCAUCUGCCCACUAUUAUGAGAUUUUAUUCUCAAAUUAUUGCAUUUCACAUCAACAGUGAUGAUUGUGAUUUCGAGAUCUUGGUGAAAGUAUUGACGGAAUUACUGGGCGCCAUGCGGAGGGCUGUAGCACUGGGCGUAAAAUGCGAAUGCGCAUUGUUAAUGAAAACUCUUCACGCCGUCGCACAUCAUCCCACUGUGAUGAAUGUUGAGUUAAGAUUGGCAGCUAUCACUUUUGCGUAUUAUAUCGAUUGUUGCCCUGUGAAGGAAGAACAUUUCGAGGAAUUAUGCGCUGGAAUUUGGAAGGUUGCUCAUCGCUCAGAUAAUGAAGUUCGCUUAACAUUGGCGCGUGCUCUACUUUGUAAUAUCCCAUCUGAUGACCUUACUAAUUACCAAGACGUUAUACGUUACUUAAUAAAAAUGAUAAAAAUAGUCACUAAGUGUAAAGAAGCAAUGACAAAACAAAUAUUGGUGUGCGUAAAAGAUAUUUAUGCAAAAUGUACAGCCAAAACAAUCCGAUUACGUAUUUCUGUGGCACUCGCCGAAACGAACUUUCCGAAAAAUCUUGCGCAAUUUUUUCUCACUGACGACAAUCUUAAGUUAAUGCACGAACUUUUCUAUCAUCAGAUAAGUGUACUGUUUGAGAACACUCCGUGGAAUUCCACAAAGGAAAGGAGUCUUUUAGCAAUAAUUAGAAACUUGGAUAAGCCGUUCCUGAUGAAUACUGUUCCUGAAGAUGGCCGUACCGAUUUUGAUUUGAUUGUGCAUUUUUUUGAGGUGGUUUAUACCGAUGUGAAGUGUGACAAGAAACAACUUCUUACGUUUAUUCUGAAGCUGUAUGCUCAGAAAUUACCAACUAACCCUGCAGUACUGAAAUCAGUCUAUCUUCUAUUUGCCGCCUGUGUGGGGUUGGAAUUAACCACGGCCGAAUGGAAAUUUCAGAACGAAUUGCUAUUAUCUCUGCAACAUUCAGAUGAUCUUGAACACUAUCUUACUUACCACAUUGCCCAAAUUCUCUGGGUGAUUAAAUACGGAAGUAGAAUUUUAAAGUGGCGCGUCGUUACCAUGUGGAUCAAACAAAAAGACGAGGCAGUCUUAGGUGUUCUUCUCAAAUGUCUAAAAGAAACUGAGCAGCAAAAAAUCAUGUUAGAUGUGGUCUGCAAUGAGGAUGAUGUGCUAAUAAAAGAUCAUGCAGUACAACUGUUUCUUCUGGGCACUCCCAAUUCUAGAGCUAUACUAACCCACUUGUUGUUACGCCAAAAUCUUACUGUAAACACACUGGAUUGCAUCAUGAGAGGCAGUCCACAAGAGAUGACCUUAUGUAAAGCGGAAAACCCGCAAUUCAAGAACGUGCUAGGGAUCAUCCGUGCGAUUGUGCAUCGCUUGAUCAACAUCAUUACCGAUGAGAAAAUUGGUAUCUUGGAAUGCACUAGGCAUAAGAUUCUAGUACAUCUGCACAAUACAUGCUGGCAGCUUAGCAGGACCGAAUACGCGGAGUGUUUUGUAAUUGGGAAGUUGGUAAAAGUGGUCAUUGCUGCGACAAAGAGUUCAAGCCCUAAAGAUGCGUGCAACGCGUAUCAGUUUUUAUUGUUAAUAGCUAACACACAAGUGCACAUGAAAAUUGCAUUGGCAGAAAACAUCAUAAUUGAACCCGUACCACUACACGAAGAUAGCAAGUUGAUUCUGUGCGCCGUGCGUUUGUUUCAAUAUAUUUUGAAUCCGGCGUAUGGUGAGCACCGGCUCAUCUCAGUGCAGGGGCGGCAACUCGGCCUGUAUCACAACAUGAUGGAGGUACUCACUUUUAAAGAUGGUAUUGUAGGAGAUGCCGUUUACAACCUGGUAGUGACUUUGCUGGAGACCUAUGAGGAGUGCGUUGCAAGUCUUAUCAAUAUAUCCGCUAUCCGUCUGCACUGCCGCAAUUUGAAUGUUAACGUUUACUUUGUCAAAUACUUAACGAUUUGGUGUCAGCAAGCGCUCAAGUAUAAGUACGUCCGCAUACCGGUAAGGAACAUUGUGCCCUUCGUUCGACGCUUGGAUUCGAUUCAGUAUAAAGAUGCUGAUUAUGCUGUAUUGAGACAAAUUACGGUUGGUACAGAGGAAUGAGUUUGGAAAAAAGCUACGACUUCUUAUGAAUAAGUAAACUUAGAAAAUUAUCUUUAACUUUAAAGCAUUAUGGUUUAUUUCUGUAAUACAAGCUGCCCAAGUCUUCUUUGUUGGGUUUAUUAUUAACUCUUUGACUUGGUGCAGCUAAAUUUGCGCGUGGAUCUAAUUAUAGUUUGUGCUUUAUGCGUUUA